AACUUCUAACCUCAAAAUUUUAUAAAUCUAUGUAUGGAAAAACAGAACUGUCGGUACAUUUCAUACCGCUCAUAUUAAUUUAUAUUUUAUCCAGGAUAUACUUAACCAUCUAGUAUUUGUAAAGAAUGAGUCGCAAGGAAGCUCUCUCAUCAUUUAUCCAGCAAAUUCACGGCCGCCCUGUCGUUGUGAAGCUAAACAGUGGGGUCGAUUAUAGAGGGGUGCUGGCAUGUCUGGAUGGCUACAUGAACAUAGCUCUUGAACAAACCGAGGAGUAUGUGAAUGGACAGCUGAAAAAUAAGUACGGUGAUGCCUUCAUCAGAGGUAACAAUGUGCUCUACAUCAGCACACAGAAACGGAGGAUAUGAUGUGUUAUAUAGCAUUUAGUCUGUAAGAAUAAGUUAAUUAUGUAAGGAAAUAAAAUUACUUCUUUUU